AAUUCUAGAUAUCCAGAACCUGACCUUCCAACUCAUGUUGAGCGGCAAAUAUCUCAUGUAAGCCAAAGAGACUGGGGACGACCAACUUCUCCAUGGGCAUCUUCACCUUCAUAUUCCCCAUGGGCAUCUUCAUCUUCAUCUUCAUCUUCAUAUGCUCCAUGGGCAUCUUCAUCUUCAUAUGCCCCAUGUGCACCUUCACCUUCAUAUGCCCCAAAGAUUCGUCCACCUACUGUGCCUCGCAGGGCUCAAAUUCCACCAUCUGCUCCACACUCCUAUGCAUUGUCUCCAAAUAACAGCCCAAACUUGCAUUUGAAGUUUGUUGAUAUUCCAAUAAGUGACGUACUUAAGACAGACCAUGGCAUUACUACCUUAGACCUUCACCACAUGACUGUCAGAGAAGCCACUCAGACAACGAAUAAGUUCCUCCGCCAAAGCGUUGGUCAACAUAAGGUCAGAAUUGUUACUGGUAGGGGUUUACAUAGUGAAGGUGGAACACCCAAACUCAAACCAGCUAUUGCAUUACUUUUAAAGCGAAGAGGUUUUGAGUUUCGAGAGGUGAACAAUGGAGGAUGCUUUGAAGUAACUCUCUCUUAAUGUGUUAGUUACGUUAUGGUAGUAUAACGUAGAAGUUGGUAAAAUUAUUAAUUUUUUAAUUCUUAUUGUCUUGAGAAGAAGAAUUUUAUUUUUAUUUUAUUUUAUUUUAUUUUACGUUAACAAGAAUAAUUACUUGGCAUUUUAUUUUACUUUGAAUUUUAUGUCUUCAAUGGUUAAUUUGUGUUAUGUAUUUUAGAAAGACAACUAACUGCAUAUGACAACCAAUUUAAUUGGUAAUUUUACAAGAUUGUUAGACAAAUCAUGCGGAUGUAAACAAUUAGACUGGUCUAAAAAAAUUGGAUUAAAAACUCACUCAAUCCAUUUUGACAAAAAGUGAAUAUGAUUUUAAUUGGAGCUAUAUUUUUUAAUACUCAGAACUGGACUCGGAGCUAAUCCUUUGUUCCGCCUUCAUGAUAAUGAGAGUAGAAAUUUUGUGUUUCAUUUUGUUAAACUUUAAAAAAAAAAAUAUUUUUAAAUCACAUUGAUGAAUUCUUGAGGUUGUCACAGAGGCUUAAUUGUCUGCAUUCAUGGCUAUGUUGCAUAUAAAAUGUGAAAGUCAAGUUAUUUAAUAUGAAAAGUGUAAGAGUAAUAGCAAUACAGUAAAUGUAAUGAUAUUUACAGUGCCAUGUAUUGCAGCAUCAUCACUGAGGGCUCCUGUAGAUCUUAUAUCACCUCACAUCUCAAACAGGUAAAGGUUGACUAGGAAAAAAGCCAGUCCAUUAUGCAUGGCAUUUGAAAAUAACAUUAAUAUUUGUACAUACAGAAUCACAAUAAUGUGAUGUUUAUCAAAUGAACAAAUCCACAAGGGCUGUGAUAAGGAUUCAAACUAAGGCGCUGAGUGUUCACAGAUGCGCUCUAGUCAACGGUUGCAAUUGUUUUGGCCAUGUCGUGAUACAGUUGAUUAGAGCGUGUCUGUUGACCAGACCACACACUAGAAGGUGAAGGGAUGACGACGUUUCGGUCCGUCCUGGACCAUUCUCAAGUCGAUUGUGAUGAGGAAGUAGAGACAGGCAAUAACGAGUGUUCCCAGACGUGUCUGGGAACACUUGGCGCACAGGUUUGAACCCUCAUCAAGGUUACUCUGGAUUUACUAAUAUUUGUAGAAUUAUCUAAAAAUAAUUAAUGAUGCUCUCUAGUUGCAGAAAAUAGAUACAGUAUUUAAUAAGAAAAUUGGAGCUCUAUUUUUGACCAUUGGAUUAAAUAAUAGUAAUAUUUUAUAGUGGUGCUGUAUUGUCUUUAAGGUUAAGAGGCUUGAACUAAUAUGAUAAGAAAAGCUUCACAUACUAUUUGUGUAUUGAAAAGCUGACAUUUUUAUACAUCUAUUGUGAUAACUUUUAUAUAUUGCAAAAUACGUGAUUUAGAGAAAUUAUUCUAAACAAUGACUUGGACCAGUAAUUAAUAAUGUGUUUUGUUUCAUUAUACGAUUACAUGAGUUGUAAGGCCUUGUAAUAAGACAAAACAUUGUACUAUAUAAUCUUCAUCAAAAAUAGGUUCUUCUAAUCAUACUUGAAGCUGAAACAAAUUUUAAUAAAUGUUUCCUAGUCAUACCA